CACACCGUCUCCAUAAUAAUAAGAGGAGAGAUAUCAAGCGAAGACAUACAUUGCUGAUCAAAUAAACCAUGGAUAUCCCAAGAUGACUCGAGCAGCCAUUCAUUACUGUCCUCGCAUCCCAAGGAGGGGAGCAACAACCUGCUGCUUCCUCACCGCAGCGAGACGACCCUCAAACCCACACACAUCAUUUACUUCCGCUAUAAGACAGUCAAUUACACUUCCAAGCGCGCUACAACACCAAUCCCAACGACAACAACAACAUGCAUUUCACACAUCAUCAGCCCGGUUACUCUCCCACCUUACCGAGGAUGACCAACAACAGAAAAGUCAUCAUCACCAACCGCCCCAUAACAACAAGAAAACCCGAACCCACCGAUUCCUCCUCCUCGCCCUUUUGACUCUACCAGCCCUGUCCCUCCCCAUCUUCCUAUCCUCCUCUCAUUUUUUAUCAAAACCCAACACCCUCAACCCAACCACGUUCACGCCCUUCACAAUCACCUCCCGUGAGGAGGUAUCCCCGACAGCCUUCAUCCUGACCGUCGGCCCCCCUUCUUCUUCCUCUGCAGAUGUGAUCCGCCAGGCCUGGCACCAGCUCGGCCUGUGGUCGGUCGAGAUCAAGCAGCCGCAACUGCAAGUCGCAAGGGAAUACACGCCCUUGCCACCGGAGAAUGGUGAUGGGGAUGAGGGGGAUGCGACAAUGCGAUUCCUGAUCCGCCGUGUGCAUGGUGGCGAGGUGUCGUCGUACCUUGCUCGUUUGAGGGUCGGGGAUAUGGUGGAGAUUAGAGGGCCCCGGGGUGGGUUUGAUGUGCGAGCUAGGUUGGGGGUUGGUGGUGAUGGCGGUACUGCUGCUGCUGGUGGUGAUGGUGGUGGUGAUAGGGACCGGACGGAGGAAGGGGGAAGGAGGGAACUUAGGGCCGGCGGAGAGGGGGAGAAGGAGGUGAAGGAGAAGAAGAAGAAGGUGGUCUUCCUGGCAGGCGGGACGGGGAUAGCCCCGGCUCUGCAAGCCGCCAGGCGGAUCUUAUCUGCCCAGCCCACCUCCUCAGGGGUGGAAAUGGAGGUAGUCUGGGCUAAUCGGAGAAGGGAGGACUGUCUUGGCUGCGAAGGGACGCAGGAACAAGGGACAGUGGUGGCCAUGCUGGAGGAGAUGCGCGCCAAGUACGGCGACCGGUUCAGGUACACCUGCACCGUGGAUGAGGAGGGUUCUUUUAUUGAUGCUGGGACGGUCACCCGGGCGACGGGUGUAGCGGGCCGCGGCGCGUCAAACUCGUGGUGGCCGUGGCCCAAGCCCAACAACACCCCAGCUUCGCAACCUUCUGCGCUUUUCAUCGACUCAGACCAGUGCCGCUACCACUCGGCUAAAAGGCUGGUCGUGUCUGCUGAUCAAGACCCCCCCGCUGGCACGGAGAGCGAGGAGUGUCGCUGCGUGGAUAUCGAUGGCAGCCGUGUUAAAGGGGGGAAGAAUCUGCUGAUCGUGUCUGGCCCGGACGGCUUCAUCGCUAGGUACGUCGGAGCCAAGAUGUGGGGGGAUGGGAAGGAACUGCAAGGCCCUGUCAAGGCCAUGGUUGGCGAACUCAGGAGGAAAUACCCAAGUCUUGCGGACGAGUGGCUGGUUUUGAAGAUGUAGAACGGCGUCUGUACUAUAUGUGUACAUUACCAUGGUCGUAGGGGUGCAUAGAUAUACGCGGAUCAAUGUCAAGAUCGCUAUCAAAGCUACAC